AUGCCGCCGACACUCGUGCUCAUCCGCCAUGCCCAGGCGCUGCACAAUGACUGGAACAUUCAUGACCCUGAUCUAUCUUCUCUUGGCUUGAGCCAAUGUCAGGAACUAAAGGAAAAUCUCUCCGAGCGUUUCGCCGACGAGACUGAGGCAAUCAUUAUCGUCAGCCCCAUGAGACGCACAAUCCAGACAGCCCUUCUCUCCUUAGAUUGGCUGAUUAAGAAAGGGGUGCCAAUUCAAGCCGACGCUCGAUGGCAAGAAAACUCUGCGAAGCCAUGCGACACGGGCAGCACUAUCGCAGAUUUGAAGGUCGAAUUUCCAGGUGUUGACUUUUCCACUGUAGAUCCCAUCUACCCCAACAAAACACCCCCUGCUGGUGCCCAGUAUGCUUUCAACAGAGAAGCCAUACUCGGCCGAGGUCAAUCAGGCCUGCAGAGCAUUUUUGAGCGCAAAGAGAAGCUUGUCUUUGUUGUCUCCCACUCUGGGUUCCUUCGCGCCGGCGUGACGGGUUAUUGGUUCUUCAACGCCGACUAUAGAAUUUUCGAGUUUGAAAGGAGCGGAGCGCCAGGCAAGCCUUUCCAACUUCAACAAGCUGAUUCAACCCUAAGUGGCGGUCUCGGCAAGUCGAGGACGGAACCCGUAGUCAUCGGCUCGGAAUUGGCGCCAGCCUCGGAGACCACCCCAUAA